CUCCAUCAAGCGCACUACGUCUCAUGCAUAGUGCCAACAGUCCCUUUGAUUCACGGCCAGAGCAUUGCUGAAACCGAAUUUCUCUCAAAAGAACUCGUUUUCAUGGCACAAGCAAGGGGAUUGCGAAGAGAUGCAUCGAUAUGGAAAAUGUGAUAAAGCUAUGGUGCUGUACGGAGGAGCUUGCAUAUACCGUAUAGACGAUGCAAUAAUUGCUAAUAACGUAUGACACUGUGCUCAAACCUGGCAAUGAUAAUGUCGCAUCCUGUUCGAAUGCCAGUGGGUGACGUUUACUCGGUUUUCUCUUUGUCGUAGCGAGUCAUAAUCUGCCCAUCCGUGCUCUUAUUGGUGUUCGAUGCCCAUCGGUUCCUUCUUCGUUGCCUUGAGCCAAAAUUGGCAAGGCAUAACAGAGAACGUGUAUCAAGGUUGUCAGAAUAUUUAUAUUCUUGUAUACAUCUCAGUCGCACACACAUUGAUAACUUCUGGAGAUCUCUCGCUCGGAACCUUAUCAUUUAUUGAAUCUGCGCCGUUCCGCCAGCAUAUCAUGCAUAUCCCCGAUUGGUCCCUCAUAGAAUCCAGCUUUCAACCUGCUGAAUCCUUAAAGCUUAACCCAGUGCCUCAGGGCGGGACCUACCAUUCGUCAUUGAGAUCUUGGCUUGCCUAGAGCUUCUGGGCGCAUCGCCCAAUUGUACGCCUGAUAGUGGUGCCGAUGUAUUCGGUCGUGCGUGUUAUAAUUUGCUACCACUGGAUCUCAACGGAUCGUUCGUCAGCUUCUCAUAUGUUUGAAGAAUAUUUCAC